GGUUAAACAGCGUAACUUAGUUUUUGUUUGCUUAUCGACCGAGCUUCACCAAGAAGAAAAAUUUUGGUUCGUUGAUCGAAUUUCGCGCCUUUCCGAAGUAAAGGUCGGUGCUGCCUUUUAGAAAGUGAAAUUAUAAAAUGUGAAAUAAAUUAUCGAUUACAAUCAAUAAAUAAACAAUUUAAAAAAAUGUACAAAGUUGUGAUAAAAUGUGUCAGUUGGAUUCUAGUUCUAUUAAAACUAUGUUCAACAGCAACCGGUCAGGCUAGUGAAUUAUCGGAAAUAUUCGAAAAUUGUCACAAAUCAUCAUCCGAUUUCGAUAAUUGCAUCAAAAAUGGAUUUAAUGAGCUGAGACCAUAUUUCAAAACGGGAAUCGCAGAGUACAAUAUAUCUCCAUUCGAUCCUCAUCAUGCCGAUUACGUCGAACAAAGACGAGGCUUGACUCGUGGUGUAGUUGGAGGAUAUCGGUUACUGCUGAGCGAUGUUUCCGAAUUCGGUUGGACGAAUUCCUUAGUAACAAAAUACAAGACUGAUUGGGAAAAUAACAAAUUCAUUUACUCACAAGAUUUUCCCGAGAAAAGCUUGUCAGGUCUUUAUGAUUUCAAAGCAUCGGUUCUGGGGCGCAACAUUCAUACGAAAGGAGUGUGGAAUAUGACUUUAUUUGACUAUGCUCAAACAACGAGCGUAACUAGGAUCGGCGGUGCUGGUGGAUUGCUGAAAGUUCGAGUUGAAAUCGACAAAUUGGGCGAUUUGAAAAUGAAAGUAUCUAACCUUUUUAACGGACAGAAAGGAAUAGAACAAGCUGCCGAUUUCCUUAUCAACAAUAUGUGGAGACCUGGAUUUCCCUUUUUGAAACCACUGAUAAACGAAUUGGUCAGCACAGCCUUUACCGACAUUUUCAACGAAUCAUUUCGAUAUUUUCCGAUCGAUAAGUUCAUAAAAGACUAAAAAUAAAACGUUUUUGUAUCAUGUAUGUACCAGGGUGAUUUCAAAUAAUAAACUGUAUGUGAAAGAUAAUUUUUUCAAAU